AAAAAAGCACACAAGAUUUGUUGUUUGAAAUAAAAGAACUUCUAAAAUCUAACAAAGGUGAAGAAGAUUUCUGCCUCACUUCAUCUUUUUUUUUCUUAAUUUCCAUUUGCAAAUUGCCUGAACAGGUUUAGUGUUCAGAAUAAUUUAAUACAUGUUGGCGUUAAGGUUUUUUUUAAACAAGGAUAUAUUUCUUGAAUUUGCAUGCAGUAGCGGGAUUUUACGGCGUGUCUAACCACACGCAUGCAAACUGGUCAGUGAAUUGCCCUUGACCUAUAAUGAGUCUCUUGUCCUUACCAACUGGGAUUCCCGCACCCGUAAAAUGUUUUAAAGGGUCCAAACAAAAGACAGAGAGAACAAAGAGUAACCCCUUCGUUUUUUUCCUUUUUACCACAUGCUCCCCGUGGUAAGGAACACUUGUAAGGUGUUUACCAAGACGACAUGGCUGUAGUAGGCGGUGUCAUCCGUGUUACCUUGGACUCGCCUCCGUCAACCCUAUUCACGUGUGGAAUCUCAUUGUUGUCUGAAGCAUCAUUCAAACUGGUGUUUUAAAGCCAGAGAAGGGGCUGGUGGGGCAGGAGGUGGUCCCAGUUCAUUUAGAGCUGGGUUUCAUGGGUUGGAGAAGGAGAGAGGUGCUACAUCUUCUGGUGACAGUGAGAUUUAGGGAAAGAUUCAAACGGCAGCGGAGUGGCAAAGCAGAGAGAAACUAGAGGGAGAGGAUUUGGAAGAUGGUGUCUAGCGGUGUGGUUUUUACCUGGUUGCUCUUCGCUCUGACAACGGCGGUCUCAGCAGUUCACCUGGAACCCAUGGUGGAGGAGCUCAAUGAAACGGUGUUUUGUACCAAUGACCACAUGGACGUCAUGAUUCCAAGUGCUUUUUUCCUCAACAAGGUGCCUCCAGUUGAUGUCGAUGAUUUGCAUCUAAAUGAUCCAGAAUGCAGAGGAGAGGAAAUCGGGGCCAACUUCGUUUUUAGCAUCAGGACGAAUCUCUCAGACUGCGGGACCAUAAUGGUCUCUGAUGAUACACACAUCAUGUUCAUCAACACCAUACACAAUAACUAUUCAGACAUCAUCACGAGAAACUACAUAAACAUCACGUUCGUGUGCCGCUACCCCAUAAACUACAUGGUCCAACAACCCAACAGCGAAAACAUGAUCCGAGUGGACGUCCGAAGCAUCACCCUGAACACUGAGGAUGGGAAUUUCUCAGUGUCAAUGCUGCUGUACAAAGACGAAGCCUUUGAGGACAUGUGGACAACUGUGCCGUCCCUGACCCUGGAUGAAAACAUCUUUGCCAAAGUUUUUAUGAUACCGGCUCACUUGAUGCUCCGUUUGGAGAGAUGCUGGGCCACACCCACCAGGGAUCCAUACGGCAACAUUCAGUACACCUUCAUCAGAGACAGUUGUCCAGUGUUGGCCAACAAACAGACUCUCAGCGUCUUGAAGAACGGCGAAGGUCCAGAGGCCAUGUUCAGGAUACAGAUGUUUAAGUUUGUCGGCAGCUCUUACGCUUACAUCUUCCUGCACUGCAAUGUCCAGAUCUGCCACAGCAGCCUGAGUGUGUGUAAGCCUAACUGUACCACCGAAGACGGACAGAUGAGGACACGGAGAGACGCCCCACUGUCCCACACCGUGUCCUAUGGCCCAAUCAGACGACUGCUCACCGCCAGUGAAAAACCCAAUCUAAAUCCCAGCAGUUUCCCUCCGGUGGAGACUCUUGUCCUGGGAGGUUUGCUGGUCGUCUUGCUGCUCAUCACUGGGGUGUUUGGGAGGCUGUGGCUUCGCUCCAGGCGUUUCUACCCACCACAGGAGGCCCAGCUCACCCUAUCUAACAUUCACCACAUCUCAGAGGUGGCUUCAUGAAGUGAAGCUUUUAUAGCACUGACAUAUGGACAUAAACCUCACAUAUACAGAUGUAAUUGUAACAACAAAUGUUAUUAGUGUUUCUUGUUCAUAUUUUUGUAUUAUUAUUGUUAUUUUAAAGAAAUGACUAAGUCAUCAAUCAUUUUUUAACAUCUCUUUCAGAGUGUGAUAUUGCAGAUUUAAUAAUAAAACAACUAAAUAAUGUGUGCUUU